AUGAAGGCUUCUUUAAUCUCUGCUUUAUUCUUGCUCGCAACCGCCUCUUUGGCAGCUGCUGCGCCAGUUGAACCAACUUCGUCGAAUUCAGUUGCUGUAAAACCUCAUCAUCCUCAACAUAAAAUAGAAGGAAAAAUUCAUCAAGCUCAACAUAAAACAAAAGGAAAAACCCAGCAUCCUAACCAUCUUCAACAAAAAAGAGAAAGUCAGAAGAAUCAUCUCCAUAAAGAAGCGCACAAAAAAUUACAUACAAAACCAAAGACUGAGCCAGUUUCAGUUCAACCUCAACAAAAAAGAGAUCUUAAAAAGAAUCUUCACCAUAAAGAAGCGCAUGGCAAAAAAUUGCAUAAAAAACCAAAGACUGAACCAGUUUCAGCUCAACCUGCCAAUACAAACUAG